AUGGAGCUCAAAGAGAUCGCCGUGCCGUGCUUUUCCAUCGGCUCGCUUUUGGCGCCCGUUUCGUGGACGAUGGACGCGCAAUCCCACCACCUCCCGUUUUCGAUGCCGCGGCGAUCCCACCCGGGGCUUGGGUGGGGUACUUCGCGAUGUCGGAGCGGGAAUACCGUUCGGUUCGAACGCUUUGAUGGCUCCGGCCGCACGUUAUACAUCACGGAGGUGUUUAGUUUUCAACCCGGCAUGGCCCGAACGGACGGUGGGGGCUUUCGAACGGCGACCAUCGCCGGGGUUGAUGGCGAAGGGGAGGACGCGGCCUAUGACCCAACGACGCCAGGGGGCCCCCACGGCGGAGUUUUGCAUUCUCCGUCUUUGAAUGGCCCUCGUGUGGAGAGUUUGGCCGUCCGGGUGGCGGAGGGCGAGGGGGUCGAGGGCCCUGAAUCGCCCGCGAAAAGCGCCUCUUCGGCUCGCUUCGAGUCGAAGGUGGCAUGGCUUUCUUCACAGAAUUACGAGGUCGUUUUGCACAUCGCGUUCGAUGGGUUUGAUGGGCCGUCCGAGUCUGCGGCGGAGGUUAUCGCGCGAAUCGCCCGCGAUGCGAUGGCAAAGUACCGAAGACCACGGAUUCAGGCCCCGAAUGUCUUUGCACCCGCGUGGUCGUCUUUGGAUUCCACCGCUUUUCGGGGCCAAGUUGGGAUGUUAAACAACACCGCCAUUUUCCUGCCUCGCUCCUGCGAUCAUCUUUUUUCGGAAGAGGGCGGCGGGGGUUUGUUUUAUGCCCGCGGGGUUUACAGUCGUCUUGGGAAGGCGUUGUUGGUGUUUCGCCGGGGCGGGGGAUACGGCGGUUGCGAUGGGGGAGCGGGCGUGGUGUGGAAUGCCCCCAACGCGGUCCAUUCCCAUGGCCCGGACGAGGCGGAUGGAGGGCUUUGGGCCCUCUCACAUCGGCGCGAGGGCGGGGAUCCUAAUCGCCAUCAACCCCCCACGUCAUUGGCAAAAGGGCGACCGGUUAUGGAUGGGCUUGGGCCUGACAACGCUGAGCCCGGUUCGCAGGUCGCCCUCGCGGGGCUUCGGGACUUUGUUUCGCAGAAGUUGCGGCUCAACACCGCCGAGGCGCUUUGCUUUGCGGUGCCCCCCCAACCCGGGGGAUUCGCACGGAAUCCCAAACCCCACCGCGAUGUUGGUCCCCCAACCCCCCCUGUAUUGGAAAGGGACGUGCGUUUGCGUGCGGUUUGCGUGGCCGGAUUCCCCCUGACGACGGCUGGGGCCUCGAUCUACAAUUAUCGUUCGGUGGAAUACGCGUUCGAGCGGCAUGUCGACAGGGCCCUUCGCGGGGACUUCGCGCUGAUGCAAAUCGCCCCCUCCGGGCGGUUUGUCCCGUCCGAUGCGGCCUUGGCGGAGGUGGGGGCGGCGUUCGCGAGUGGGGCGUCCUGGGAGGCCCCCUCCCCCCCCUCCGCCUCGCGGGACUGGCGGGGCGCGAGGGACGCGUACGUCCCCCCACGCUCGACGUGGUAUGGGCUCCGCCGGCGGGGUUUAUCCCCUCAGGGGGGCGCUUUCCCGUCUUUUAAUCCGAAGGUUUCGCCCUCGCCGGGGGAAAUGCGGUCGGCGGGGGAUGGGGAAGGCCUAAUCAAUGCGGAACGGGCGCUGGUGGUGCAGCUUAUCGCCCCCCGCGUGGACAGCGAAUACGCGAUGGUGGUGGUGGCGGCCGUCGAGCCGGCGGGCCUUCUCGCAAGCGAAAAGGCCGACGAAGAGGGGGGCGGCCCGACGCCCGAUCCGGCUUUUCCUUCGCUCUAUGAAACGGCGGCGAGGCGGCUCGCGGGGAGUUUUUUUUUGGAAUUUCCGUAUCCCAAACGGUGGGCCCUGUCUCGUACAACCGGCGACCUGGCGGGAUUCUUUUUCCGUCAAGGCUAUUUGCUGCUGCAUCUCCCGUCAGGGGACCCGCGUUAUGUUAACACCACGGUGAGGCCGAACGCCGCAAGGUGUUUUUCCUCUCUCGGCUCGCUUAUUGUUCACACAUCGCACCCAUGGCCCUGCCCGAAAAGCCAGUCGAAUUCUUCUCAGGGCGAGCCCCAGUCCCAUCGGUCCUGCGAGGCCCCAAGCUCGCCCGAUAAAGCCGGGGCGAGAGGGAAUGGCGUCCGCGCCAUUUCCCCCCCGGAUGGUGUUUUUAGCUCGGCCGAGUUUGCGAGCCUCUCCGCGGUGUGGACGUUAGUUGCGGAUGGCCGCAGUAGCGAGGAGUUUCUCGAUUUCUACAUCGCCGAGUUUGACCACGUUAGCGCCCUGACCCACCUCCCAGCCGUCGACAAGGCCGGCGCCGCGGGAGGGCGUGGAGGGCGGUUGACCGUUCGGCAAAGGGGCACCCGAAGUUAUCGAACGUCCGCGGGCUUGGGGGAUGGCUGGGAAGGGAAGGAGACGACGGCGUGGUUGGGGUGGGGGCCCCAUCUUCGGCUUUACGUCUGCGCCCACGAGAGUGGCGUCGGGCGGAUGCUGCUCAUCCAGGCCUCAAUCUUAUCGAGCGAGCGCCCUGAGGAUGGCCGAGGCGUGGAUGAACCCGAGGCGCCGGGGAUCGGUGAGGCGGAGGAGACGAGUCUCGCGCGAUGGCUGGCGGGCAUUUCCGCGGAAUCGAUCGGUCUAUGA